UCAGUGCGGGUGCAAUGCGUUCGCGUCACGUGUUGCACCCGCGCGGAAAACUCGCUCGUGUGAAAGAGGCCUGAAUGUGAAAAAUUGCAGCCCAUAGUAUCUAGAACUGCCAUGUCGUGCAGCAGUGAAUUAUGGGAGUCUGUGAGUGCUCUGCUUGCUCGGCAUGGCUGUGGGGGAGCCGUCCUUCUGAGGAUCCUCGUACAGCCCUCACAUUGAGAAAUGCUGGGAUAGCUCUGUGCUAUGGGCGCGGUCAGCCGUAGGGAAUCUCUACAUUCCAAACCUAAAAUUCCAAGACUUUAUUCACCUACGUUCUGCAAUGGCACAGCGGCACAUUUACUAAGACCGACUUUUUACGCCGGUCUUAUUUCCCCCCUCUGCGCUGCCGCUAGAUACAUCUAAUUUAUGACGAGGUGUCAUGUUCAGCUUACAUUUGCAUAAAUGUGAGUAAAUUUGUUGAGGCUGGGGUCCCAGCCCUGUAAGACCCAACUGGUACAAGGUGCAAAACCAGCCGUGCGCCAAAAUUGUUGUUGCACAGCCGGACAGAAAAGCGGACUUGCGACACCUUUUACAUCCAUUAGUAAAUGUGCCCCAUAGUGUUUAAAGGAGAAAUCACAAGAGUGAGGGCUCACACACAACCAUUUUUUUUCUGCAGUGUGCUAUCCUUUUUUAAAAGGUAUAGUGUGCCAACCUAUACAUUUCAAUGGGGCUAUGCACACAUUUAUUUUUUUAACUGAUUCAGUUGCCACUCCAUUUAAAUGGCCUAUCUGGAUAGUUCAUCAUUAACUGAUCGUUGGGGUUCUGUUCCCAGCACCCCACGAUCAGCUGUAUGAAGAGGUUGCAGCACUCCAGUGAGCGCUGCCGCCUCAUCACAGCGCCAUGCGUUCUAUAGUGGCUGUGCUUGGUAUUGCAGCCUAAGCAUAGUAAGGCUACUUUCACAUAUGCCUUUUUGCUGUCCGUUUUUGAGAUCCGGCAUGGGAUCUCAAAACCACAGCAAAAUGCGUUUGUUUGAAUAAUACAACCAGCUGCAUCUGUUCAAGCAGCGAUUUUGUGUGCGGCAUGGGAAACUGUAGAAGCCAGAUCAGGCACUAAAAUUAUUGUAAGUCAAUGGGCGCUGGAUCCGAAACCGAAAAUAACAGAUGCGGCACCAUUGAUUUACAUAGACUUACAUCUGCCAUGUUCAGUUUCUCGUGCCACACACAAAAUCGCUGCUUGCAGUGGUUUUCUGCCCGGCAUGGGAAUGCAACAAACCGGAACGGAAUGCAUUCUGGUGCGCUCCGUUGCGGUUUGUUCAGUUUUCUCCCUAUUGACGAUGAAUAGGGGAGAAAAUGGAAGCGUUUUCCUCCAGUUUUGAGAGCCUGUGCUGGAUCUCAAAACUGGAAAGGAAAACGUAGAUGUAAAAGUAGUGUAAGCGGUGUAGAGUACAUGAUGCUGAGCCCGGUUAUGUCAUUUUUAUCUUCAUACUUCCUUUCCUUCUGACGCUGUGCUCCCCCAAACCAGCUGUAAAAUGCAUUGAGAGGACUCUGAGUCCUCUCCGUUAUGUGUGCGCUCGGGAGUGCUCUCCGUUAUGUGUGCGUGCAUGAGCUUGGGAGUCUGCUCCGUUAUGUGUGCGUGCGUGAGCUCGGGAGUCUGCUCCGUUAUGUGUGCGUGCGUGAGCUCGGGAGUCUGCUCCGUUAUGUGUGUGUGCGUGAGCUCGGGAGUCUGCUCCGUUAUGUGUGUGUGCGUGAGCUCGGGAGUCUGCUCCGUUAUGUGUGCGUGCGUGAGCUCGGGAGUCUGCUCCGUUAUGUGUGCGUGCGUGAGCUCGGGAGUCUGCUCCAUUAUGUGUGCGUGCGUGAGCUCGGGAGUCUGCUCCGUUAUGUGUGCGUGAGUGAGCUCGGGAGUCUGCUCCGUUAUGUGUGCGUACGUGAGCUCGGGAGUCUGCUCCGUUAUGUGUGCGUGCGUGAGCUCGGGAGUGCUCUCCGUUAUGUGUGCGUGCAUGAGCUUGGGAGUCUGCUCCGUUAUGUGUGCGUGCGUGAGCUCGGGAGUCUGCUCCGUUAUGUGUGCGUGCGUGAGCUCGGGAGUCUGCUCCGUUAUGUGUGCGUGCGUGAGCUCGGGAGUCUGCUCCGUUAUGUGUGCGUGUGUGAGCUCGGGAGUCUGCUCCGUUAUGUGUGCGUGCGUGAGCUCGGGAGUCUGCUCCGUUAUGUGUGCGUGCGUGAGCUCGGGAGUCUGCUCCGUUAUGUGUGCGUGCGUGAGCUCGGGAGUCUGCUCCGUUAUGUGUGCGUGCGUGAGCUCGGGAGUCUGCUCCGUUAUGUGUGCGUGCGUGAGCUCGGGAGUCUGCUCCGUUAUGUGUGCGUGCGUGAGCUCGGGAGUCUGCUCCGUUAUGUGUGCGUGCGUGAGCUCGGGAGUCUGCUCCGUUAUGUGUGCGUGCGUGAGCUCGGGAGUCUGCUCCGUUAUGUGUGCGUGCGUGAGCUCGGGAGUCUGCUCCGUUAUGUGUGCGUGCGUGAGCUCGGGAGUCUGCUCCGUUAUGUGUGCGUGCGUGAGCUCGGGAGUCUGCUCCGUUAUGUGUGCGUGCGUGAGCUCGGGAGUCUGCUCCGUUAUGUGUGCGUGCGUGAGCUCGGGAGUCUGCUCCGUUAUGUGUGCGUGUGUGAGCUCGGGAGUCUGCUCCGUUAUGUGUGCGUGCGUGAGCUCGGGAGUCUGCUCCGUUAUGUGUGCGUGCGUGAGCUCGGGAGUCUGCUCCGUUAUGUGUGCGUGCGUGAGCUCGGGAGUCUGCUCCGUUAUGUGUGUGUGCGUGAGCUCGGGAGUCUGCUCCGUUAUGUGUGCGUGCGUGAGCUCGGGAGUCUGCUCCGUUAUGUGUGCGUGCGUGAGCUCGGGAGUCUGCUCCGUUAUGUGUGCGUGCGUGAGCUCGGGAGUCUGCUCCGUUAUGUGUGCGUGCGUGAGCUCGGGAGUCUGCUCCGUUAUGUGUGCGUGCGUGAGCUCGGGAGUCUGCUCCGUUAUGUGUGCGUGUGUGAGCUCGGGAGUCUGCUCCGUUAUGUGUGCGUGCGUGAGCUCGGGAGUCUGCUCCGUUAUGUGUGCGUGCGUGAGCUCGGGAGUCUGCUCCGUUAUGUGUGUGUGCGUGAGCUCGGGAGUCUGCUCCGUUAUGUGUGCGUGCGUGAGCUCGGGAGUCUGCUCCGUUAUGUGUGCGUGCGUGAGCUCGGGAGUCUGCUCCGUUAUGUGUGCGUGCGUGAGCUCGGGAGUCUGCUCCGUUAUGUGUGUGCGCUCUGGAGUGCUCUCAAUGCAUUUUACUGCUGGUUUGUUGGAGCAAUGGAUCACUCAAACCAUACACCGGAGCUGACAAAUUCAUUUUAUCUUCCACUAGUUAGUUUACGCUGCAUUUUUUUUUUUUUUCUGCAGCAUGUGAAUGAAAUUUCUUAAAAUCUCGUGUGCUUUGCUGAUGCUGCAAAAUGCUGUGGAUUUGUCGCACGCAAAUCUGCGCCAUGAGAUCCGCAGUGUUUCAGUCUCUCAUUGAUAGAUUUCCAAUGAAAGAUCGGCUAUAGAGAACCAUUUUGCAAUAGUGUGAAUGCCGGGAAAUUCUGAGCUCCUACUGCCAGGAAGAGAUUUUUUUUUCUUCUCCUUGAUCCUUGCGUAAGGGUUUGCUGCUGUAAUGAUU